GUUUACAAAAGACACUGCCAGGUUCAAGGAUGAAUUAGAUAUUAUGAAGUUCAUUUGCAAAGAUUUUUGGACAACUGUAUUCAGAAAACAAAUAGAUAACCUAAGGACUAAUCAUCAGGGUAUUUAUGUUCUUCAGGACAAUAAAUUUCGUCUCUUGACACAAAUGUCUGCAGGAAAGCAGUACUUAGAACAUGCGCCAAAGUAUUUAGCAUUUACCUGUGGACUAAUCAGAGGAGGCCUAUCGAAUUUGGGAAUAAAGAGUAUUGUAACAGCUGAAGUUUCAUCAAUGCCUGCAUGUAAAUUUCAGGUGAUGAUACAGAAGAUGUAGAGCACAUUCACAUCUGGGUGUCUACCUUGAAAAUCCUUUGCAGGUGGAUUUGGUAUCUUGGUUCAGCAUUGUAUGUAGCUUGUAAAUUAUAGCAGUGUGCAGCACAAUUCCAAAAUAUAUAAUAAACGUUCA